UGCUCGGUACGACGCGAGUCCCAGCUCAGCGCCUCUCCCGGGUCCGCGGGCGCUACCGCCCCCAGACGUGAGAGAGCGAAGUUCUGGGGCCGCGCUCCCUCCCCGCCCGGGCGCCCUCCCGCUCCGGGAGCCCGGGUUCCCGGGGCGGUCGCGGCGGCUGCAUCCUCAGGCCAGGCCGCGGGGGGAGGGGGCGGCACGGGCCUCCGAAAGCCGGGCCAUGGAGCCCAGAGAGUCGGGGAAGCUGUUUCUAGAAAUCAGACACGUCUUCCUAAGUGAAAAUUUACCACGUUUAAGGUUCCAUGAAAGAAUGUGCCCUGAAUUUGCCCAGCCCCUGGCUGAGAAGUAACAGGCUCCUGUGACGUUUGAUGACAUCACUGUGUACUUACUCCAGGAGGAAUGGGUGCUGCUGAGCCAGCGGCAGAAGGAGCUUUGUGGUUCCGACAAGCUGGUGCCACCGCUGGGACCAACUGUUGCCAACCCUGAGCUGUUCCGUAAGUUCGGGCGAGGGCCAGAGCCAUGGCUUGGCAGCGUCCAGGGCCAGGGGAGUCUUCUGGAGCAACACCCAGGAAAAAAACAGAUGGGCUACAUGGAAGAAAUGGACGUGCAAGGUCCUACCAAGGAGAGUGGACAGUGCCUGCCGCCUCGGAAGAAAGCCUGCCUUUCCCACCUCAAUACGGGGAGUGGACACAUCAAGGGAGACUGGGCAGGAAGAAACAGGAAACUCCUGAAGCCCCGGUCCAUACAGAAGUCGUGGUUUGUGCAGUUUCCAUGGCUGAUUGCGAAUGAGGAGCAGACGGCUCUGUUCUGCUCUGCUUGCCGAGAAUACCCCUCCAUCAGGGACAAGCGGUCAAGACUGAUAGAAGGUUAUACAGGACCAUUCAAGGUGGAGACGCUCAAGUACCACGCCAAGAGCAAGGCCCAUGUGUUCUGUGUCAAUGCCUUGGCAGCAAGGGACCCUGUCUGGGCAGCCCGGUUCCGGAGCAUCAGAGACCCACCUGGAGAUGUCCUGGCCAGCCCGGAGCAGCUCUUCACUGCGGAUUACCCCGUAUUCUACCCACCAGGACCUCUGGGAGGCUUUGAUAGCAUGGCUGAGCUCCUACCAAGCUCAAGAGCUGAACUAGAGGACCCUGGGGGGAGUGGAGCAAUUCCUGCAAUGUAUCUAGACUGCAUUUCAGAUUUGAGGCAAAAAGAAACCACUGAUGGCAUCCACAGCUCCUCAGACAUGAGUAUUUUAUGUAAUGAUGCAGUAGAAUCCUGCAUUCAGGACCCUUCUGCAGAGCGGCUGUCGGAGGAGGUUCCUGUGGUGUUUGAGGAGCUGCCAGUGGUGUUCGAGGAUGUGGCAGUGUAUUUCACCCGGGAGGAGUGGGGCAUGCUAGACAAGCGGCAGAAGGAGCUGUACAGGGACGUGAUGCGGAUGAACUACGAGCUGUUGGCAUCCCUGGGACCUGCUGCUGCCAAGCCGGACUUGAUCUCCAAACUGGAGCGGAGGGCUGCGCCCUGGAUCAAGGACCCAAAUGGGCCAACGUGGGGGAAAGGUCGUCCUCCAGGGAACAAGAAGAUGGUGGCAGUGAGAGAGGUGGACACACAGGCCUUGGCUGCAGACUCCGCGCUGCUUCCAGCCUCUCCCGUGGAGGCCCAUGCCUCCUGCUGCAGUGCCGGCUUUUGUGAAGGAGAAGGAGAUGGACCUAGGAGAAUCAAGAGGACAUACAGGCCCCGUUCCAUUCAGAGGUCAUGGUUUGGGCAGUUCCCAUGGUUGGUAGUUGACCCCAAAGAGACCAAGCUCUUCUGCUCAGCCUGCAAAGAAAGACCUAAUCUCCACGACAAAUCAUCUCGGUUAGUUAGAGGUUACACGGGGCCUUUUAAAGUGGAGACUUUAAAAUAUCAUGAAGUCAGCAAAGCGCACAGGCUCUGUGUCAACACGGUUGAAAUCAAGGAAGAUGCCCCUCAGACUGCCCUCAUUCCGGAGAUCUCCAGUGACCUCAUGGCCAACAUGGAGCAUUUUUUCAAUGCCGCCUACUCCAUCGCAUACCACUCAAGGCCCCUGAAUGACUUUGAGAAGAUCCUAAAGCUUCUCCAGAGCACUGGGACCAUGAUACUGGGCAAGUACCGCAAUCGCACAGCGUGCACUCAGUUCAUCAAGUACAUCUCCGAGACGCUGAAGAGGGAGAUCCUGGAGGACGUGCGCAAGUCUCCCUGCGUGAGCGUGCUGCUGGACAGCUCCACCGACGCCUCUGAGCAGGCCUGCGUGGGGAUUUAUAUCCGCUACUUUAAGCAGAUGGAGGUGAAGGAGUCCUACAUCACUCUGGCCCCUCUCUACACUGAGACAGCAGAUGGGUACUUCGAGACCAUCGUUUCCGCCCUGGAUGAGCUGGACAUCCCCUUCCGGAAGCCUGGCUGGGUGGUGGGGCUGGGGACGGAUGGCUCAGCCAUGUUGAGCUGCAGAGGAGGCCUUGUGGAGAAGUUCCAGGAGGUCAUCCCGCAGCUGCUGCCUGUCCACUGUGUGGCCCACCAGCUGCACCUGGCCGUGGUGGAUGCCUGUGGGAGCAUCGAUCUGGUGAGGAAGUGCGACCGGCACAUCCGCACCGUCUUCAAGUUUUAUCAGUCCUCAAACAAGAGGCUGAACGAGCUGCAGGAAGGUGCAGCAGCUCUGGAGCAGGAGAUCCUCCGCCUGAAGGACCUGAAUGCCGUGCGGUGGGUGGCCAGCAGGAGGCGCACGCUGCACGCCCUGCUCGCCAGCUGGCCCGCGCUGGCCAGGCACCUCCAGAGCGUGGCGGAGGCUGGGGGCCAGAUUGGGCACCGGGCCAAGGGGAUGCUAAAGCUCAUGCGUGGUUUCCACUUCGUCAAGUUCUGCCACUUCCUGCUGGACUUCCUGAGCAUCUACAGGCCUCUGUCUGAGGUGUGCCAGAGGGAGAUUGUGCUGAUUACAGAGGUGAACGCCACGCUGGGCCAGGCCUAUGUGGCCCUGGAGAGCCUCCGUCACCAGGCGGGGCCCAAAGAGGAAGAAUUCAACACCAGCUUCAAGGAUGGGCGGCUCCAUGGCAUCUGCUUGGACAGACUGGAGGUAGCGGAACAGCGGUUCCAGGCGGACAGGGAGAAGACGGUCCUGACGGGAAUCGAGUACCUCCAGCAGAGGUUCAGUGCAGAUCGACCGCCACAGCUCAAGAACAUGGAGGUGUUUGACACCAUGGCCUGGCCGAGCGGGAUCGAACUUGCCGGUUUUGGGAAUGAUGACAUCCUCACCCUGGCCAGGUAUUUCGAGCGCUCCCUCCCAGCAGGAUACAGUGAGGAGGCUCUGCUGGAGGAGUGGCUGGGUCUGAAAGCCAUCACCCAGCACCUCCCGUUCUCCAUGCUCUGCAAAAACGCCCUGGCCCAGCACUACCGCUUCCCCCUGCUGAGCAAGCUCAUGGCCGUGGUGGUCUGUGUGCCCGUCUCCACCUCCUGCUGUGAGCGGGGGUUCAAGGCCAUGAACCGGAUCAGGACUGAUGAGAGGACCAAGCUCUCCAACGAGGUGCUCAACAUGCUCAUGAUGACGGCUGUGAACGGCGUGGCUGUCACAGAGUACAACCCCCAGCCCGCCAUCCAGCACUGGUACCUGACCUCCUCAGGCCGGCGUUUCAGCCACGUCUAUGCCUGCACCCAGGUGCCAGCCCACUCCCCUGCAAGCGCCAGGCUCAGGAAGGGGGAGAUGGGAGCCCUGUAUGUGGAGGGGUCCGGGACCCAGAAGCCACCCACCCUGCCCUCCAGGGAAGCAGUGGAGGUACUGAAGGACUGCAUUAUGGUGCCUCCCGAGAGCCUCCUGUACCCCAACAGCAGCCGGGAGGCCCCCGGCCUGUCCUGAGGGACAGGGAGUCCUUGGUCACAGGGACGGUUCUGCAGGACCUAGACUGCCCUCGGCUCUCCCACUGGCGGGGAUGCUCUCUGAGCAGCAGGAAGUGGGCAGUGGCGUCUGGAGCGAUGUGGGCAUUAGGAGGUGCAUGACCUGUUUCCUGAGGCCCGGCUCAGCACAGCCAAGCCUCAUGCAAGUGUGCCAGAAGGUUCUUACCGCAAGUUCAUUUUUAAGGUGCUCCAGAAAAUAACCCAAAAUAACCCCAUCAUGAAAGGUUUCAACCCCUAUUGUGGUGGCGAGAGGACUGUUGUGAUGGGGAGACUGUUGGACGUCCCUGGGGAAUGUUCCAGGGAGGCUGCCCACAGCCUAAGUGGGAGGAGGGAAAGGCCAGUCUGUUAGAGGUGGAGGCUGAGCCUUCUCUAGGGACAGCUGGCCUGGCUGCAAGCACCCCCAGAGACUUAGUUCUUCGACUUCCCACCCUGGCUCCCACAGCAGAAGCAGUGAGGCCUUGAUUUGGCGGGGAACUCUACCUCUUCCCAGGGCUUCCUUCAGGACAAAACAAUCACAAGCCCUUUGCACACAACGCCCAAGAAAGGUUCUCUUCCUGCAGCUCCAGAUGGUGGAGCUGGGGCUCUCCUGGCAGGGGGCCCGGCGCUUCCCGUAUUGCUGAGCCCCAUCUGACCUGAAGCAUGCCUGGCUGGGUUUCCUCAUGAGAGGAUGGGUCCAAGUUGGAGUGGGGAGGCUUGCGAUGCAGCCCCAGCUCUGCUGAGGCAGUGGUCUGAUUAAUCCCUUCCUCUUUUCUGUGCCUCAGUUUCCCUCCCCAUGAAGUGGCAGCAGAGAAUCCAAGUGCCUGCUGACUCCCCAUCUGCCCUAGGAUUAGUGAGUGAGAGCCUCGAGCCCCCUGAAAGACCUCUGGCUGCAGUGUGGACUUAGCUGCCUUCCACCCUGGCCUCGUCCUUAGUGGGACAGGUAGGAAUUUGUCUCCAAAGCCCUUGUAGGAGUUGCUCUCCGAAUGCAUCGUCUGCACGACAGGCUAGUCUACUCUUCUCCAAGUUGCCCUGGGGACUCUGCAUCAGGAUUGCCAGGGCCCAUUAAGGCAUCCCUGGAUGGGAGUUCAGGGACGGGGGCUUUGAACAACCUCCUCCAGGAACUGUGGGCCUGCUCCAGCUUCAGAACCGCAGAACCACUGCCCUAGAAGGACAGAGGGGCUCCUGGCACUGCAAGGUUCACACCUUCCUCACCUUGUUUUAAAUAGGCAGGAAGUAGGUGCCAUCCAUCCCAGCUUGCUCGUUGCCUGGCUCAGGCAGGUCCUGUGCUGUGCUGCAGGCCCCUGUGGGUGGGGACUUCUCUGUAGUCUGCUGCUUCCCAUUUCCAGGGUGGAUGCUGGUGUCCAGGUACCUGAGUACCUUUUCCAUUCCCAGGGUAGAUGCUGGCAUCUAAGUACCUGAGUACCUUUUCCAUUCCCAGGGUAGAUUCUGGCAUCUAAGUACCCGAGUACCUUUUCCAUUCCCAGGGUCGGUGCUGGCAUCCAAGUACCCGAGUACCCUUCCCAUUCCCGGGGUAGAUGCUGGCGUCCAAGCACCUCCCCAGUGCCACGGGCGCCCUAGUACCCAACAUGCCCUUCCAUCCCCACCCCAGCACUCAGCCCUAGCUCUGUUGCUUUCCUGUUGUUUUUGGCGCUAGUCAGUCAUUCCUUUCUUGCUUUCUGUCUUUGACCUGUGGCAACAUCUCCCAGCCCUUUUGGGUCUGGCGGUCAGAGGGGACCCCACAGGCCUGUGGUGCAGGAGCUCUGGGUGGUGUUACUAUCUGUGUGGCCAAGACGUCCACGCCUUCCUCUCCCCAGUGCCGUCUCCAUGGGGAUUCAGGAGCUUGCCCAGGUCAGGCACUGUGGAUGUGAAUUGGUGGAACGGGAGGGAGAAAGGCCUUUUUAGCUAGGGAUGGAGCCUCCGCCCUACGCACGGGGAUUCCACACCAAGGUGCUGUUCCAGCACACAUGCUUCCCAUGGCCUCUUCAUCCUUGAAGAAUCCCGCAGAGCACGAGGCCAUCCUGUGAGCAGCCGUGGGUGUGUCUCUGUGGGAGUAGUUCUGGAGCGGAGGUGGAAGCCAGGGGAGCACUACCCUCUCCACGUCAGCAUCCAUGUGCUCCGAGGGCACCGUCCAAUCCCUGCCUUAGGUGGUGGGAAAGUGGGUCCCCUUACAGCGGGACCACUGAGAACGCUGUUUGUCAUAGAGUUUGCACUGCCCAAUUUCUCCAGGGGCGUGGGCCUGCGUCAUUCCCCUUUGUCAGCUAAUGGCAAAGAAGGAAGAAAGUGACUGCCGUCUCAAUCCUGAAUUUCCCCGUUCAGGACCCCCAUGGAAACACAGUGAGCGUCCUUACCAGACGCCCCUGGCCCUGGCCGGCCCCUUUGCAUGGUUUGAAGGCUGCCUGGAGAUCUCCGUGUUGGAGAGGCUUCCUGUUUAUGCCUCACAAGGGCUCUAGGGGUAGAGGGAGCACACACUCUGGCAUUGGCUAGAGUCCCAGUGCCGUCGCCCCUCUCCUCCAUCCCUGUGGUCUUGACAGCAUCCUUAUGUAUAUGUCCUGGCAUUUCCCCUCUCUCUCCCUGAUGACUGGUGCCUGCUGGGUCUGACAUUCCAAGUAACCAGCAUGUAACUGGUAGUUUGAUCCCGCUAGCCAUAGCGACUCCAAGUGGGAGUGAGGUAGCCCCCUAUCCUGGAAGAUACCUUAGAAUGUGUGACCUCGCUCCAGACCUUUGCUUCUCUCUCCUGCAGAAGGUGAGUUUCUAGGGUGCUAAGUACCUACCAGGACAGCAUGGAGGGGCAGCUCCCUCAUACAGUUGUCUGCUUAGCCAGGUGCACUAAGUGUGACUGGCCCGGGGAUGUUCUCUCCUCUGUUUUCAAAGAUGAAAGGGGUUUUAAAAACCAUGUGUGAUUCCUAACGUUUUGCUACCUGAAUAAAGCAGAGUCUAUUUCAACACA